AUGGCGACCUCAGCAACAGCGGACCCGUUCGAGCUCCAGCAACGAUUAGUAGCGUCUUCAAGCUCGAAAACCGGAAAUGUCACGCCAUUCUCUCCAUCCGAAGACCCACUGGCAUCCCUACCGCCAACUCUCCACCGUGCUCACCUUCGGAUGGAAUUCCCGCCAUCCUAUGCCCUCGUGGGCGUUUACAGACUCUUUACCGACAAGUCGCUCUGGAAGCCCGCAUGGGAGAAGUGUAGGAAUGGAACUAGGAGGGGAUUGAUUGUCGGGUUGGUUUGGGUGUUCCUGACAUGGGGUAUUCAAAAGAAGUUCAUCGAGGUGUUUUUGAGCAACUCUCCGAGGAUCACAGGCCUCUCGAACGACACGGUAUUUGGCUGGAAGGUGCCGUUUAGCCUGCACACCUACGCGGCACUCCUCUACGCCGCCGACCAACUCACAUGGAUCCUCUCGUUCUUCAUUUCCAAGAAUAUGCGUAUUGCUAGGGACAGGGCUUGGGACUACACGAUUGCAUCUCGAAACAAAGGCGACGACUUCUGGCAACCUUAUGUGGAGGAAUGGGACAACCCUCCAGUCGUCGAUGUCGGUGGAAGCUUCAUGGAGAGAUUGAGCAAGAAAGUUGGGGGAAAGAUUGGGUUGAAUAUCCUCAAACGAAUCCUCCUCAUCCCCGCCAGCCUUUAUCCCCUCCUCGGACCUCUGGUUUCAGCUUGGUUCAGAGCCCUUGGAACAGCAGAAUAUCUCCAUCGACGUUACUUUAAGGCGAAGAAGAUGACCGACUACGAAAUUGCGGUAUUCAUGGAGGAGAGAAAAUGGGAUUAUCGUGCGUUCGGAUUUACCGCUGCCCUCCUCGAAGGUCUCCCCAUCAUUGGUCUCGUGUUCACGAUUUCGAAUCGAGUUGGCGCUGCGAUGUGGGCUUUCGAUUUGGAGAAGCGACAACAUUUCGUCAGAGAAGAGAAGGAGAGGAAGCGUUUAGCUGCAGACAGGCAGUAA